CGCUUCUUUUCUUCCUCAUUCCGCCCUAGUUCGACCUUGCUUCUCUUUCUUCUUGACAUCUCCUCCUACCGAACUCCUAACGGCCUGGAGAAUUCUUAUUAUUUUAAUUUUCGGAAACCCAAUCUUGGCUGCGAGAGGCUAUACUCCGGCCGACUCGUAUUUACCACGUGCGGGACUACAUCAUCUCCAGUCCGGAGUACUUCCCUCGACAAUCAUCAUUCCUCAACCCGCCAGAAGUUAUUUUUGGAGUCUCCAUGGUCGAUCGUUUCUUAUAAACUUCUGCGGCCUCAUCUCUCCAAUCUUGCCUCUAUAUUACUUAACCUACUCAUCGACUCGAGUACUGCACGACCAUUCUACUCUCUAACAAUCUAUUCCAUCUGUCCGAUCACCCCCACCUUGAAGCUUACGUUGGUGACUGGACAUCUUCCUGUCUUAUCUACUCUCAACCUUCAUCAUCGGUCUUCCUUUUGACCGAACUACCUUGUCACCUUUCCACAUUACCUUCAGCAUAUUCCAAUAACAGUUACAAUGGCUGGUCCAGGUGGUGGCCCUCCCCGCAAAAGCCAUACUAAGUCACGGAAUGGAUGUAAGACGUGCAAGCGAAGACACAUCCGCUGCGACGAGACCUUCCCACAAUGCCGCAAUUGCACCAAGCACAACUGUCGCUGUGAUUACCAAGACGUUGCUGCGGCGCGAGGCAGCCCGCCUGCCUCGCGACGCGGUCCAGAUCUACUCAUAUCUCCAGAGAUCGAGAUGGAGAUUGAGAAUUGGCACAGAACCGGUCUCACCCCAUAUCCAGAACUUGCUGGAUGCCCUCCAUCCAGCUGGUCUGGUCUUUCCCGAUCAGAUUUGCGCUUGGUUCACCACCUCAUCGGGCUUUCCAUCGACCUACAUCGACGGGGCCUGAGCAGUUGCACAAUUUGGGCGCAGAUGUUGCCUAGUUUCCUGGGCAUUGCGCUGUCAAACGAUUUCGUCAUGAGCGCCAUACUCUCCCUUUCUGCCUACCACCUCGCCUACCUCACGCGAGAUGCAGAGACUAAGCAGCUAGCUCUACACCACAAAGCAGCCGCUUUCAAGGGUCUUCGAACUGCGCUCGGCUACGCCAUUACUGUUCCCACCAAGGAUAACGCGGAGGCCAUUGUUUCCGCUCACGUCUUGCUUUCCUGGCAAGCAACCGAAUAUCAAAGCUGGGUAUCCUUGCAGCAAGGUCUUUCCUCGAUCCUCGAGACUAUGUAUCCGGUUUGGAAGCAGGAGUCGGAGAUUGUUCAAUUCGUCGAGAACCAGCGCGCCUUGAGCGCUCCGGAUUUCCCCGUUUCAUUCGAUGAAGAUCUGGCACAACUAGAUCAGACCAUCCAUGCGCUACAGGUUUCCCAGAAGCGAGUCUCACACAACGCAGAGCACUCCCAACGGUUGGGAGAGUUGAUCGACUUUGUGCAGCAGUUCCGCAAGGACUUUCCUACGCAGACCUCCGAGCAAGCCUUCGACCGGAUCCAGAUUUUACGACAAUGGCUCUUCUGGUUGCCCCCAUCUCUCCUCCGAAAUGGCGAGUCCGAACUCAACGGCCUCGCGGUUUUGUCUCAAUUCUUCGCCGUUGCAACCGCUCUCGACCACUUCUACCCCGACAUGGGCGGCUCAUAUUUGGGAGCUCUUUCCGUUGGAACCAUCGAGGAAACAUAUCGCAUCCUCGCCACACACAACGCUACAGAUCCGUUCAACGCUGACAUCCGUCUCGCUAUGACCUUGAUGGAUUUGCCACGCCACUGUGUUGCACGAUAUCGCAGCCGUCUGGCCUGGUCCCCACGGCCCUCGGUCGAGCAUUACUCCCCCGGCCCAUCAAGUCCCUACCACGGACUGCACGAAUACUCUCUUCCUUCAUCAUCUUCUCCCGCCUCCGCCUCACCCUCAUAUGCCGCCUACACACCUCCUCUCCAAUCUCCUCCAGCGGUCACAGUGGCUGGAUCCCCCUUCACCCUGGCAGACGGCUACGUUACCGCUGCUCCCUCCCACACCCUCUACCCGCCUUCGCCACAACUCCUCGAUGCCCACGAUGCAAACCUCGGCCUAUCCGAUCUCACACACUCGAGCUCCAUUCCUCACUCCUCGGCGUUCACGCCACCUUAUGGCGGCGACGUCCUCUGCGCUGAUAUGCCCCGCACUGAUGGAGCCAUGGGUCUGAACAUGGAUGUGUACCCUCAUUCGCAUGCAUUCGAUAUGCCUGGAAUGGUGGCACCGGAGACUUGUUGGACAUGAACAUCCAAGCCACAAAAAGACCUUCCUCAUUUCGCUUCACUACACUUCUUCUUCUACCUCCGCGACUCUGUUUCUAUACUGAUGUCCUUUUUUUCCUUCUUUUCUUUUACUGUCUACUUGGGGAGUUUGUGAUGUUGAGCAUGAGCGUUGUUGGCUACUCAGAUUCCGUCGCGUUUGCGGACUGAAGGAAAUGACUCUACUAAGUGAUAUAUACCCGGACAAUAUUGUUCAAGCCUUUCGUUAGCAUGAUUUGGAGCGACUGUGUGCUAUUUUCUUUCUUGCCUUGAAAUGUGUUUUUGUUUACAAUAGGAUCAUGUUAUGAAUAGAACUUUAGGUGGUG